AUGGAUAUGCAGGAAGACAGGCUCAACGCUCAUCUAGCAGCCGCUGUUGACCAUGGAGCUAAGGACCAAGAUCGCAACUCUGAAAGCACCAAGAUCGCUCCGUCACAGCCUGCUCAACCCAAGGAUUUGGACAUGUUCGCAGAAGAUGAUGAUGACGAUAUGUUUGCUCCUGAGCCUGCUUCUGGUCCCAAGAAGGACGAUGGCACCCAAGCAGUACGCAUUCCUGAGGCAAAGCAACUCGAUCGCAGUCUGCUCGACGACUGGGACGACCCGGAAGGUUACUACCGCAUUAUCCUUGGUGAACUUCUCGACGAUCGCUACCAUGUCCAGACCAACCUAGGCAAGGGUGUGUUUUCUGCCGUCGUUCGUGCCCUUGAUACCACCACUAAUCGCACUGUCGCCAUCAAAAUCAUCCGCACACAGGAGUCCAUGUACAAAGCCGGCAUGAAGGAGAUUGAGAUUCUGCAAAAACUCGCCGAAGCAGACCCUGAGGACAAGAAGCACAUCAUCCGUCUCGAGCGCCAUUUCGAACACAAGGGCCACCUUUGCAUGGUCUUCGAGAACCUAAGUAUCAACCUUCGUGAAGUCCUGAAGAAAUUCGGUCGUGACAUAGGCAUCAACAUUAUAGCUGUGCGCCAGUACGCUCUGCAGAUGUUCCUUGGCCUUACUCUGCUCAAAAAGUGCGAGAUUCUACACGCUGAUCUCAAGCCUGACAAUGUUCUUGUCAAUGAGAAGCGCAAUCAGCUUAAAAUUGCGGAUUUGGGCUCCGCCAUGUCCGCUGAUGAAAACGAUGUUACUGAUGCCCUCGUCUCACGCUUCUACCGCGCUCCAGAAAUUAUGCUCGGCAUCAAGCAUGACUAUGCCAUCGACAUGUGGAGUAUUGGCUGCACACUUUUCGAGUUGUACACUGGCAAGAUUUGCUUCACUGGCGCAACCAACAAUCAGAUGCUGAAGGGCAUUCUAGAAUGUCGCGGCAAGAUCCCAAAUCGCAUGCUCAAGAGAUCCGAAUUCUGGCCACAACACUUUGAACCUGAUGGUACGUUCUUGAGCCAGGAGAUUGACAACGUCACUCGUCGAGAGGUGGUACGUCGCAUGAACAUUACUAGAACCGUUCCUGCCAAGGAGCUCAAAGCACGAUUGUUUGCUAGUUCUAAGGGGUUGAGCCCUGCUGAUGCCAAAGAGCUCAAUCUCUUUGCUGACCUGCUGGACAAGUGUCUUGCUGUCGACCCUGUGAGAAGGAUCACACCUACUGAUGCUCUAAAACAUCCGUUCAUAUCACGCCCAGGACCCGUUCCUCCUCAUAACAUCAGAUAA